AAAGUAAGAUAAUGUUAGGUUCCAAUAAAUUUGAAGUGUGAAGCAUUCAAAAUUACUUCGAUUUAAGGGACACUUAACUAUUACUAAAAUAAUUUUAACAUUUUAGAAAAUAAACUUCUCUGAGCAUCUUUUUAGGCUAUGGGCCCUUUUUUUUAGUCAUAAAUACACAUCUGUUUUGUAUUAACAUAUAACCGCAAGGUUUAUAAGGAGAAUCAUUCAUUGCAGUCCUUCAACAGAAAGACACAAGUUUUAAUGAAUCUAAUGUUACUUGAAGAAAAACUGCUAAUGCAUAUGGUAAAAUAUUUCUUGAGAUUGUUAGGUCUUAACUUCUUCAAAGUUUCUAAUGGGAAACAUUGUUAAGCUCUUCUGUGUAUCUGUCCAUGAAACAUUUAUGCAGAUACGUAAGUGUGUGUUCAGAAACAAAGAUUUGCUGUCUCACUGUUCACAUUUUUCUGUACCUUGAGUUCCCUUCAUAAUAUGUGUCUCAUGGAGUGCUUCCCGUUUCAGUACUGCUAGCUGGAAAAAAUCCAUUUUAAGGCUGUGUGAUACUAAAUGAUAUUAAAUUUCUGUGACAAAAUUUAUUUCAUUGGGCCUCUUAUGGUUGUUGAUAUAAAGGUUGCUGAGCUGUCUUCUAACCUCUGCCCCUCAAAGUUUUAUGCAAAUAGUAGAGAAAGAAGUGCAGAGAACUGUUCAACAUGGAUGGUUUAGAUGGGUCUAACACGGACAGUGUAGAAGAGUUCAUCAGUUGCCUCUAAACUGGAUUGCAUAGGGAUUUGGCUAGCCUUAACUAAUGGCUUUCUAAACAAAACUCAGAAUUUUUGACAUGUUUUCACUUACAAAUUUAAAAGGCUUAGACAUAUUCUGUAGACAUUGCAAAGAAAAAAGACAUCAAGGACUGUUUCAGGUGUUUUAAAAUCAUGCUUGGAGAUGGGGAGAGCCAAGGAAUAGUGAAUCUUAGUUUAGAUGACACAAAGUCACACUUUUAUGCCACUGUGAGGCUCUGUGAUGUUUGCUUUAGUGGUGUCUGGGAAGAAACUCCAGUGGAGUAAACUCAAUAGCUAGUGGAGUAAACUCAAUAGCUCGUGUUGACGAUCGCUGUGAAAUCCAGAAAAGGCCUGAUGUUCUGCUGGAGGGCGGGUAUGUGGGGAGGCAGAGGCCUUUCUCUCCCUGCUUGUAUAGCUAACAUUUUGUUACUGUUUUCCAUUAUUUCUCUUUAAAAAUAAAGCUCUUUUCUUAUGCAGACAUUAACCUGCAGUAAACACCUUCACACCUGCCUUUUCCCAUUUGCAGUAAGUUGUAGCCCUUAGCAGUACAUGAAGAGCUUCUUCAUUCUUUCAUCUGUAUUUGUGUGUUAAAUAUUACACAGUCAUCCUAGUUCAUUCAGGCCACUGUAACAGAAUAGGAUAAACUGGGCAGCUUCAACAACAAACAUUUAUUUCUCCAGUUCCGGAGGCUGGAAGUUUUAAAUCAGGGUGCUUUGUUCUUGGUGAGGGGCUGCUUCCUGGUUUGCAGAGGGCACUGCCUUCACACUACAUCCUCUCAAGGCAGAGGGAGCUCCAGCUUCUUACCCUCAUAUUAGGACACUCAUCCCAUCGUGGGGUCCCACCCUCAUGACUGCCAUCUCACCCUGAUCACCUCUUAGAUAGAUACCCACCUGCACAUGCCAUCACAUGAGGGGAUGUGAGUUCUGGGGACACAAAACAUUCAGUCCACAGCAAUUGCAUUUCCUUACAUGGAUAUACAGGAUUUUAAAUACAAAUUUAGAAAACGAGUCCCCUGUUGAUGCCUUUAGGGGGUUAUUUCUAGUCUCUUUCUAUUACAGGCCUGCAGAAGAAGUGGAGCUGUCCAAGGAUGUGUGCAUUUGUGGUUUUGAUGGAUGUCUCCAAAUUGCCCUCUGAAAGAGGCAGUCCUGGUUUACAUUCCAACCAGCAGCAUAUGCGAAUGUUUCUCACCAGUGUGGUGUGAUGCGCAUGUCUUCAAGAUUUUAGAUCUGAUGGGGGGAAAGGUUGCAUCUUAAUGUGAUUUUAAUUUGCCUUUCUCUUAUUUAUAUUCAAUAGCUUCUUAGAUGUUCACAAGCCUAAUGAAGACUUCUAAAGACUUCUCCGCCAGUCCCAUUACCAUGUCAUUGAAUGUAUGGAACUGUAGUCAAGAUAACUGUAUUUGCAUGAAAAUACAGUUGGGUAGUUUAGAUUUGGACUUGGUUUCCGAUUAAAAAAAGUGUCCGUAUGUGUGGUUUCUUCUGACACCAACCAAUUCUUCAGUACCAGCUGGGUGUCCUACAAUUCAGUUUCCUUCUGACAGUCCCUUCCCAGAAUUAGCACAGACCCUAUGGAUUAAGGAGUCAUUCCCACAAGACUGCACCCACUUCAGAUGCCGGAUACCAAUGGGUGCCCAAUUCACCAUAAGUCUCUUACGCCACUCCACAUAAAAUGUCUGAUGUCAGCACAAUGGUGGAGUGGAAAGCCCUGGACCUUGUUCCCCCACAGGCUCUGACUGACAACAAUAUACAGUCCAAAAGGAUGUAUGAGAAUUACAGAAACCAGUUUAGAAGUCACAGUACCCCAGGCAAGCUCAAAGCCAAGAACAGCUGCAUUGAAGUAGGAAAAAAAAAAGCCAUUUAAUUUCACCUGCCUUUCCCUGAAGGUGGCACAGCUUGGCAUGAUUGGUAGUAAACACCCAACUCUUCACUGGGUGGAAAGUGAAGAAUGGAAGUCCACCAUUCUGAAUUUUGGGAGGGUCACCUGAUGGACUGGUUUCUGUCUCUUCUGACUCAGUGCUGACCGGGAACUGGCAUACUUUGGAUGCCUGGGGGCUUCAGAGAAAAAAGAGUUAACUGGCUUUUUGCAGCAUUAGAGACUCAGCAGUGCUGCACAUGGAGGUCGGGACAGCUCAGCACAGUCAGGAGAGAGCAUGUGGUUCUUGGCUUAUCCCUUGGGCAGGAAUGGGAAGAGUGGAAAGUGCAUUUAACAUUCUGGCUUUUCAGGGGGCUGCCCAAGAGACUGGUUCCUGUUUUGCCUGACUCAGAGUGCUGAUAGAACCAAGCAUAUGUUGGAUGUCUAGGGGCUGCUGAGAACAAGCGAGAGCUCCACAGCCUGUUGCCCUGCCAGACAACUUGCAGUGCCACAGACAAGCACCAGAGGGAUGGAGAGAUUACAAGCAACUGAAAAGAAACUGGCAGACCUCUCUAAUUGGGACAUUACAUGUACAAGCCCAGGGAAGAUUAAUCCCCAGAAAAGGUUUGAGAGGCCCCAGAAUCUCUAGCUGAGCUGAUUGUUGAAGGUCUUCUCCUGUACCAAGCCAGUCCAUAAAGACUGGGAGAGGUGGCUGUUUUUUCAGAUGCCCCAAAUCCCAGCAAAAAAAUAAUGAGACAUAUGAAGAAACAAAGAAAUAUGGCCCAAUUAAUGGAACAAAAUAAAUCUGCAGAAUUUGACCCUAGAGAAAUAGAGAUAAAUGAAUUAUCUGACAAAGAAUUCAAAAUGAUCAUCUUAAAGAAGCUUAGUAUGCUGUGAGAGAACAGAGAUAGUCAACCAAAUGAAAUCAGAAAAAAUGCCAUAACAAGAAUAUCAACAAGACAGAACUAUAAAAAAAGAACCAAACAAAUUCUGCAUCUGAGAAAUAACGGAAUUGAAAAAUUAACUAGAGGGAUUAAAAAGCAGACCCAAUCAUGCAGAAGAAAGAAUCGGCAAACUCAACAGCUCAUUUAAAUUGAUCAAAUCAGAAAAAUGAAAAGUAAAGCCUAAGGGAUUUAUGGCACACCAUUGAGUGGACCAAUAUACGCAUUAUAGAAGUCCCAAAAGGAGAAAAGGAAGUAGAGAGCUUAUUUGAAUAAAGAGUGGUGCAAAACAUCCCAAAUAUGAGGAAGAAAAUGGACAUCCAGAUUCAAGAAUCUCAAAAGACUCCAUGUAGGAUGAAACCAAAGAAAGGGUAAAGAAGCCCCCACUGAGAAAGAUUUUAAUCAAAUUGCCGAAAGUCAGUGGUAGAGAAUUUUGAAAGAAGAAAGAGAAAAGCGACUUGUCAUAUAACAAGGGAGCUCCCAUAAGAUUAUCAGCAGAUUUGUCAGCAGAAACAUUACCGUACAAAAGGGAGUGGGGUGAUACAGUUCAAGUGCUGUUAAAAAUAAAAAUACACCCAGCCAGCCAAGAAUACUGUAGCUGACAAAACCAUCUUUCAAAAAUGAAGAAGAAAUAAAGACCUUCCCAGACAAGCAAAAGCCAAAGAAGUUCAUCACCACUAGAUCUACCUUGUAAGAAAUGCUAAAGAGAUUCUUUGAAGCUGAAGUGAGAGGAUGCUAAAUAGCAAUAUAAAAGCAUAUGAAAAAACUCUCUGGUAAAGGGAAAUAUGUGGACAAAAACAGAAUCCUAUAAUAUUGUAAUGGUGGUUCAGGGAGCAAGUUUCCGAGGUUGGAAGGAAGUGACUUCACUGUUUAAUAAAGAUGAUGAGCAGCAUCUCCUGGAAAGAUGUAAAUCUCCCAAGUCCAAAGGAACUAACUUACGAUUAAAAGAAGAGUUGAAGGCAGAGAAGAAAUCUGGAUUUUGGGACAAUUUGGUUUUAAAACAGAAUAUACAGUCUAAAAAACCAGAUGAAAUUGAAGGUUGGGAGCCUCCAAAACUUGCUCUUGAAGACAUAUCGGCUGACCCUGAGGACACCGUGGGUGGCCACCCAUCCUGGUCAGGCUGGGAGGAUGGCGCCAAGGGCUCGACCAAGUAUACCAGCCUGGCCAGCUCUGCAAACAGCUCCAGGUGGAGCCUGCGCUCAGCAGGGAGGCUGGUGAGCAUCCGACGGCAGAGUAAAGGCCACCUGACGGACAGCCCGGAGGAGGCGGAGUGAGGGGGGCUGCGCGGCGAAUGUGCCCUGACAUGGUGGCCUUUUAUUAGUAUACCAUGUAGUUGUUGAGUGUUUUCUGUGUUAGAAAGAAUCCUGAGUCUACUUUUUGCCUAUGUUUCAUAUUUGGACCUCUGUUUCAUUAUUUAAUGAACUCACUCUCACACACACUGUGACUCCUUGGUGAACAUGUGCAGGGAUUGUAUAUUUGAUCGCCUUACUGCAGAAAUAUUCACCUAUCAGUCCAUGUUUUGCAGAAACUGGAGAUGUGAAUUUUUGAUGCUCUCCCAUAAUGCAGCAGUAAUGAUUUGCAGUUUGUCACAAAAUGAUUUUCAUGCUGCUCUCUGUUGUAGUUCUGUUUCAGAACUUCCGUACCUUUUUCUUGUGUGUAGCACAUAUAAAUGCAGCCGUCAUGCAGUUCUUUUCUUUUGCUAGAAAAUUACAGUCAGGAGGUAAGAUGAAUCUUCCAAAGUUAAGUUAAAUUUUGUUUAACUUGACAAAUUAAACUUUGUUCUUAUUAAACAAAUAUGUAAACAAAUACUGGAAAAGCAAAGGUUAUAGUUGAGAGUAAAAUGUCAGUAUCUUAAAAUGCAUGUUCAUCUUCUGCUGAGGGAGGAAUAGCCUCGUGUGUGUGCACUGGAUAGUAACAGUGGUUCUUUUUUGGAAUUUUAUUUUUACCUCUUUUGAACUUCUAAAUCGGUCCCUUUAUUUUCUUAAAACAUUUGCUCUCUUUUUUGUUUACAGAUUAAAGAAGUAUGGAUAAAUUUUAGUCACUUGAUAAUUUUGUUUAGGAAACAUUGUCUUGCUCGUUAUAGAGAGUUAAGACUAUGCGUAAAAUACUGAAAUGCCUCUUUUUUUAUUAGGCUCGUAUGUUUGUUCUUGCAAAGCGAGAUGCCUAUUGUGAUUGGUGUUAGAUCUGUAAGAAGCUGUGUUUUUGCCCCAAGAAUAACCGACGACCAGUUUGAGAGCAUCUCUCGCAUUCUUUUUCUGUCUGCUUACUGUCCUUGACAGUGUGAUCCUGCACAGUAUCAGGUGCCAGUUAUGUGUCCCUGGCAGGUUGGCUCUUAUCAGCAAGUCCUGCAGAUAUGUAUCUUAGAUAAAAGUGGUUUGAAAGGAAAGGUAUAUUUUGCUUUUUUGUUUAAAAGUAAAAUAAAACCUCCAGUUACACUAUGCAUUCCCCUCACAUAAAAACAAGACAAAAACCCUUUCCUGAGUUGCUCGGCAUGCACUUCUGUGCUGUUUCAUGCGUGUGGAUGUUCCUUCUGUUUGUUCCUGUGGAAUAACUGAGUGUGCCUGAUGGCAGAACACACUGCAGUGUUAUCAGCAUCUGCAUGUUUUUUAAUACAACAGGUUUAGUUGAUCUGUCAUCUAUUAUGGAAAAAACAGCAAUUACUUCUGCACCAAUCUAAUACAUCCAUCCAUCUAGCUACAUCUAUAAUCUGUAUCAAUCACUUAUACCUAUCAAUCAUCUGUAUCUAUUCACCUAUCCUCUAUGUCUGUCUUCUCUCAAUCUACAUCCAUCUAGCCUUCUGUCAGUCAUCUACUUUUUUUUUUUAAUAGAACAAGAAGUUUACUUAUCAAGUCUUGAAAGGGGGACAUGCUUCAAGUGGUGUUCAAACAAAAAUUCCAGUUUGUAUUAGAACCUUGAAAUGGUGAAGUUGUAGAGGUUUUCUUUGUUUCAUAAUAGAGAGACAAGUUCAUAAUUUUUAGUAUAACAGCUAAGUUGACAAAUUCUAAAUUUCCUCAGGUAAAUAAUUGUAACUGUCCUUUUCCCUAGAGAAGUGCUUGCUGGGAUAGUAAAAACAUACACCAUUUCAUGACUUCUGCAAAUACUUUCCCGCGGAAGUCAGUGUAGGUUUGCUUUUGGCUAACAUGGUCUUGCUGCGCAGGAAUGUAAACACUUGUGUUUGAAACUCUGGAAGUCACAUGUGUGGGGAGAUGGGGACGCUGCCCAUGUUGUGGGGAGCUCUGUGGCUGUGAUGGCUGCGGUUGCCGUGCCUCUGUUGGAACGCUAAGUGCCUGCAACUCACGUCAAUUAUAGAAUUGUGACGCACAGUUGGCAAAAUAGUUCUUUAUGCUAUUUCUCAAAAUUUGAGGACAAACCCAGAUUGGGAUUGGAAUAUGCACUGUAAAUCAAAUUUUUCUUAUCUACAAAGACUAAUGUAAAAAUGAUUUUUUCUUCUGUGCCUGAUUAAAUUAACUGUGGUUUUUAAUAUAAAUAUUUAUUGGUGUGCUUUGGGAGAAAAAUUAUCUUUUCUUGAAAGAACUUAUCAAAGCAAAUUUAUUAUCUUCACAAGUUAAUAGGAGAAUGUGGUUUUGAUUCUGGGUGUUUGAAUUGUGUAAACACACAGUUUCCCUGUGUGAAGAGAGUUGUCCUGUGCUCCUUCUACUGUACUUUUUUUAUUUUUUAAUAGGAAAGUGAUGGGCUUCAGAGAAGGGUUCCUCCUUAAUGUUGAGGUUUUUUAAAAAUAAAAAUACUGUUUCUAAGCUCUUUCCUUAUUGGUUUGCAUGAUUAUUGGCAUCUGCUUAUGAUGGCUUUUAAUCACUCAGAGCUAAUGGCACCUUUCCUAUUUAACCUCAUUUUAGAAUGCAGUCAACACAUGUAGACUUUUCACGAAUAAAUGAACAACUUCAACCUUGGUUUUCAAGA